AUGCUCAGCGCCGAGGAAGCCGCAAGAUCAGGGGGUCGAGGUCGUAACGUCACCGCCGGCGCCAAAGGAGGAGGAAAGGGAGGCGGCGCGACGGGUGUCGGCCAGAGCCAGGCUUGCGGAAGUCGCGGCGCCACUGACGGCGGGCCUGACGGCGACGAGUCGGAAUGGAGCGCGGCGCUGACGGAUCCGAGCGGCAGCGAUCGGCGCAGCAGCAAUGGCGGCAGGAGGCGGUCGUCGCGGCUGUCGGCGAGCUCGAGACGGCGCAACGCCAUGGAGUACUCGGAACUGGACGCCAUUCGUGAAAGGUUGCUCCAUGCCACUCAGCUAUGGGCCAUCACCGUCGCUGACGGCUCAACGGCUGGCGCUCAUGCUGAUGUUGCUGCUGCUCUUGCUGCCGCUGCGUCUGCUGCCACCGCCACAAGCCCUGGUGCCGCCGCUGCUGCAGUUGCUGCUGCUUCUGCUGUUGCUGUUCCUGUGAUUGGUGAUGGAGCAGCAGUCGAGGCACAGCAAGUGGCGCAAGCCGCGGCAGCUUCAUCUGCUGCUGGCCCGGGACCAAGCUCCUCGGUAGCAACUGCAGCAACGGCAGUGGCGGCAGGGAGGUUGAGCAACGCAGCAGCAGGCAACGGCACUGGAAAGCCCCGGCUUUCAGACGAUCCUGCGGGUCGCAGCGAUGCCCGUCGCAGUGGUGUCUUCAGCAAGGCCAGGAGCGCUGCUUCUGGCACUGCUGCUACUGUCACUUCGCGCAGGUCCAUGUCCCGCUCUUUGAGUGCAGCAGGCUUUGCAGCGGUGACUGCGUCAGAAGCAUUUGCUUCUGCAGCGAUUCUUGUGGCAGGGGGGGGAGCUGCGCCAGGCAAAGCAGCUGGUACUAGCACUAACCUGACGGUUACUUUGCCUGGUGCCAGCUCCUCAGGAGUAACGGGAGCGUCAGGGAUUCCGGAUUCUACUACCCCAACUGGUCCCACUUUCACGUUUGGGCCUACUGAUGGAGAUGAUGUGUCUCCCACGUCUGCUGCUGCUCCCUCGGGCACGUCCUCUUCGUCCUUGUCUGCUUCCGCUCAUGGACUCGCAUGCUCUGGGAGCUCACCGCCACAUGUUGCUGAGUCGCCCUUCUCCCGCAUUUCCACGUUUCUCAUGCGGAGGUUCGUGUCCCCGUUCCCGAUCGUAAGAUCGUCCACAUAUCCCGUGCUCAGAUAG